AACAAAGGAGACAACAACCGGGGGAUGAUGGUUCCUCAGACAACAAGCCUGUCAGAGAAACAAUAAGACACUCAACCGGUUUGCUUAAACGCUGUGGACAUUUUUUCCCCAGACUGUGUUUUUAACGGCCGUUUUUUUCUCGAGUUAGCUAAGUUUACGGAGCACUAACGUCUCUGCACCCUGGAGCGAAUUUUGACCUAAAGCCCUUUUUCUCCAGUCGAAGCUAACUAUGUUGGAUUGCCGACUGUAAAGCCGAAUGACAGAAGAGAAACAACCCGACACGUCUGAGUGAAAUGGUGAUGAUGCUCACACUGACCUUUGCACCCAAAGCCUGACCUACGAUUGGUCAGGGCUGGAAGUGAAUGCACCAAAAGGGAAGGCUUCAGCCAAAAUGUCAGUCCAGGGGCCACCCCAGCCGCCCACAUCGCCUUUACCCCUUAAACCUGAGAUCAAACCCAGACCAGAGAUCCCCCCUAAACCACCAACACAACCCAUCUCCCCUCCUCUGGGGGACAGAAGCAGCAGUGCAAGCCUCUCGGGAGGGAAAGUUAAGAGGAUUGUGGACAGGUUUACCAGACAUGAGUCUUCGAAGAGUGAACCUGGGGACCUUUGUGCCAAUGGUGCAGCAGAAGUUCAACAGAGCAAACGGUUCAAAAGGCCACCUACGAUAAAGCCCAAACCAGGCCGGGCCAGUCUGCAACUUCAGCUCGGAGGAGAGCAGGCACCUCCACUGCCUAUGAAGAGGAGCCGAAUUCCACAGAAACCAAAGGAAAGCGAGGAGAAAGAGGAAGUGGAGAGCAUCACUGUGGAAGGAGGGAGAUCAGCUCCUGAUGGAAAAGAGGUGGAAAUUCAGCCAAUCGGAGGAGGUGAAGCAGAGGUGGAGCACAGUCCAGACACUCCUCUCAGUCCCACCUGUCAACCCAACUGUACCUGUGUGUGUCACCUUGAGUGGCCUGGAAUGAAACUGAUAUGGGUUCCUGUGGAUGCUGCAGAGGAUGGAGGAGACGGAGACGGUGGUGAGAAUUGUGUGAAGGAAUUUUUGGAGAACUAUGAAGAGGUGAUAGUGGAACAGGAGGCGAAGGAAGAGGGAGAAGAGGAAGGGAAGGAGGAGACUGAGGAGGAGGAGGAGGAAGAGGAAGAGAGGGAAAAGGAAGGGGACAGCAGGGUGGGGGAUGAGGUUGACAGGACUUCUGUGGUUGAUGAGAGUGAGCUUUCAAAACAAGACAAAGCAAAGUUUCAUCAUUCUUUGGGCGUUUUGUUGGCAGACGGUCACAGGAGACGAUCAGACCCGGGCCCUCACUCCAUCAUCACCUCCAUCACUGUCACCCGCUCUCAGUCUCCACCUGUCCCCCCUAAACAGUCACAAUCCUCCCACAGUUCAGUACAGCAAGAUACGAUACCCACAUGUGAUGAAGAGGAAAGUAUUUACGAGGACACUAUUUGUGUCAUCGAGACCCCUCCUAAAAAGACUACUUCUGUGUGUAAGGAGCUGGAUAUUCCUCUUAUUAAAGUCCGAAAACCAGCCCGUCGUUCCAAACUGUCAUACAGCACCUCAGACCCCACGUCAGAGUUUCAGAACAGUAAAGAACCUGCCCCAAGCCCAGAGGAUGUCCCGCCUGCCAUCCCUCCAAGGGUUCCCCUGACACAGGAAAGCCGGAGCCUCACACCUGUUCACCGCGCUGGCAUUCCUCUACCACAACCCACUGUGGAUGAGUGGCGUAAUCUGCGGCCCUCUUCCCCUAACAGCUCUGCUGGCAGGGGUCUGAGCCCUCAUCGAGCUGUCACUCCACCCCCACUCAGCCCUCACAGACCACCACCUCCGCCACCAAAGACCGACCCAAGGAGGCUCAGCAGUGCCUCACUGCAGUCCCUCACACAGAGAAAAGGAGGUGGGGAGAGUGGAGGAAUUGAAGGAGAGAAAGAAGACAUGCCAGAAGAUGUAAUCCCAGAAAGAAGCAGCUCCCUCAAGAGGCAGACUUCAUUCAGCUGGGAGUCUCGGCUGCAGGAUGAACCUCUUUAUCAGACGUACCGUGCCACUGUCAUCACCAAAGAGAUCCGACGCCAGACAGUCUGCCGUAACAUUAGUAAAACCAGCGCAGACUAUGCUACGGACUGGAAAGCACCUCGCUCCGGUGCUGGAACCAGUACUGGUAGUGGUUCAGGGACUGCUACUGGAAAUGGGGCCCUUAGGAGCAGCCCUGUGCCCACGCCGGGACAGAGCACCCUGUGGCAGGAGCUCCAGCAUGUUCGAGAGAGUGGUGUGCUGGAGCAGCUCACCCCUGACCAGUGCAAGUACCAGGAGAGCAUGUUUGAGGUUCUGACCUCUGAGGCCUCUUACCUCAGAUCCCUGCGAGUUCUGACUGAACACUUCCUGGACAGCCGGGAGCUGGAGGAGACAAUGAUCAUCAUGGACAAGAGGACCCUCUUCUCCAACAUCCUGCGGGUCAGGGAGGUCAGCGAGAGGUUCUUAAAGGACCUGGAGGAGAGAAUUUUCCAGGACAUAGUCUUCCCUGACAUCUGUGACAUCAUCCACUAUCAUGCCCAGCACAACUUCCCCGCUUACAUUGACUAUGUCCGCAACCAGAUCUACCAGGAGAAGAUGUACACCUCUCUCAUGAAAAACAACGCACAGUUCGCUACAGUCAUUAGUCGUCUCCAGGAGUCACCACAAUGUCAACGGCUGCCUUUCAUGUCCUUCUUACUGCUGCCCUUCCAGAGGAUUACGCGCAUUAAGAUGCUGAUUGAGAACAUCCUGAAGAGAACAAAAGAGAGGACGAACGAGGAGCAGGCUGCCUCCAAGGCUUUGGCUUCAGUGUCGAAGAUCAUUGAUGAGUGUAACACACAGGUUGGAAAGAUGAGACAGAUGGAGGAGCUGAUCUAUGUCUCUAACACACUGGAGUUUGAGAAGCUCAAGGCUAUCCCAAUCAUCUCCCAGACUCGAUACUUGGAGAAGAAAGGCGAGUUGCAGGAAAUGUCAAAAGGAGGAACUCUUUUCAACAUGAGGGUCAAGUUCACCCCUAUCUACCUCUUCCUCUUCAAUGAUCUGCUCGUCAUCACUGCCAAGAAAGGAGCGGAGCGCUUUUUGGUACUCGACCACGCCCAUCGCUCUCUGGUGCAGGUGCAGCCAGCAGAAGAAUCUACAAACAGCAGCAGCCCCCUCGAACACUGCUUCAACCUCACGCUGCUGGAAAACCACCAGGGACGCAUGGUAGAGAGGCUGAUCAAAGCUCCAUCUCAGUCAGACAUGCACAGGUGGAUGGCUGCUUUCCCCAACCCCGCUAACCCUGACAGAGAUGACGAGGAAGUCAUUUACGAGGACUGGGACUGUCCCCAGGUGCAGUGUGUGGAGCCGUACAUCGCCCAGCAGGCAGAUGAGCUCACCCUGGAGCCCACUGAGAUCAUCAAUGUCAUCCGUAAAACCAAUGAGGGCUGUUACGAAGGCAUCCGCCUGUCAGACGGUCAGAAGGGCUGGUUCCCUGCAGGAAACGUCAUAGAGAUCACCAACGAGCAUGUGAGACGGCGGAACCUGCGAGAGCGAUACAGGGUCAUGCAGGCAGCGAGCAUGGUCACCAACAGCAGGGCCAGCACCAGCAACUAACCAAUCGACAAAGUUUACAUUUUUUUAAAGAAGUGGACUGUGUACAAAGAUUAUUCAGGGACUUGGAACUUCAUUUUACCACAGCCAGGAAGUAAAAGACAAUGACUGACGAUCAUGAGACGUCAUACAUCUGCAAUCAUCUUAUCUAUACUACAGCAGCCCCUGAGUGUGCACUUACUGUAAGCAGCUGGGAGUGUGAGGUAGAUCAUUUACUGAGACUUUAUGUGCAUGUGUGCAUUCAAUAACAAAGAUCAGCAUUACAGCUGCACUUUACCUCCUCUUAAGAGCAUGCAGCCAUGCGUUAAUGUAUGAAAUACCGAUCAUACCAAUCCACUGCUCAGAAAGACUGUUGAAAUGUCAGAUCUGCUGCCAAGAGAAGAUUGUGGCAGUCCUGUAAACGCCUCUUAUGUCGUAACUGUCACAUGUGCAUGCACGAGUUAAACCCUCUCAUUCCAGUCACAAACAACAGCCUGUUGUGUGUUGAUAAGGAAAUAAGGACAGAAUGUGACACUUUUUAUGCUACAAAAAGAUGUAAUUUUAAAAAUGAGCUAUCGAAAUUCAAGUGUAUAGGAAAUUGAUCACCAAAUCUGACAAAUCUAAUCAGGAAGUGCCUUUGAAUCAACUUAAAACACAAAAGAAAUAUUUAAAAUUAGCAUUAAGAUCACGUAAAGCACAGAGAAUUUUAAAAUACAUGUAAAAAUGUGAGCUUAACUUUACUUCCAUUACAGUUGUGUACUGUUCACUAACUCGUUAGCUCAUGUGCCAUUGUAGAAUAAUACUGUAGUGCCCCCUGCUGCUUGUUGUCAUGGAUAUAUGUGGAUAUGCUGUAAAUAUAUUAAGUGUUGUAAAUAACGAGGAGUUUUCUCUCCGUCAAAACAGUAGUGGUGCUUUUAAUUAAAGAAAGUGUCUUUUU